CUUCGUUAUUAACUUAGUUCAGAUCUUGUCUUGUUCAUUCCUACUUAGUUCUUUCCACCCUGCAUGAGUCUGUUCAGUGUCUGCUGUGCAGCCAAGAGCUACUGUAGAGCCCAGCAGCGACAGAUGCUAAAGCAGUUUUACUCGUCAACAGCAGUAUGGAACGAAGGUCUAACAGCCAGGCGGCAUAGGAAAAGUAACAAACUCUCCUCUCUACAACCCACACAAUUUGUUCGCGAGGAAGUCCCUCACAAUGACAUGAAGGAUGGACUACCUGAACAAGGCAGGGCUACUGGCUUUCGUCGCAGAUCUGGACCCUCGAAUAGGCGAGACUGGAUGAGAAGGAGCGGGAGAUGGGGAGAUGAAUUGGAAAACACCAAUGCCGAUUCUUCGCUCAUACAACAAGUAAAGAGUAAAAUUUCCGAGACCGGAGAGGUCUACAGUAACCGCAGCGCGGAAGCUCUGUCACGAAGCUCUCAAACAUAUAAAAAGUAUGACAGCUCACAGACCAAGGACCUGAACUCGUCUUUAGAGGCUUCACCCAACAAUGAGCCGUCUUCAUCGCCAAAUACCUAUCUUCCCCCCAUUAAAGCAUUCUUCGAACCUCCUCCUGACCUCGCCGGCCGCCAAACAGCUUCCGUGAAGCUCGAACACAAGACUAUCCCAGAAACGAGCGUAUAUACUAAAUUCACUUCUCCUCCACUUUUGCAAGGUCUACACUCUUGCCUCCUUGAUCUCAUUGGACCUCAUGCCACCCCUACCCAAAUUCAAGCGCUCAGCAUGAAGCAAAUUUUGCCCCAUUCUGACCGUUCCUCGCUAAAAUACCCUGGCUCCGAACCUCAGUGGAAACAAUGGCUUCUAGCUUCUGAGACGGGAUCAGGGAAAUCCAUCGCCUAUCUCUUGCCUCUUCUGCAGUCACUUAAGUUGACCGAGCUGAAUGCGUCUUCCUCCCGUACUCGAGCCAAUGAUAAGAAAGAAGUCAACCCUCGUGCCCUCAUACUCGCUCCAACACAUGAACUAGCACGUCAGUUAUCUAUGUUUGCAAAAGCCUUACAGCACGAAAUCAAAAUGCGCAUUAUGUGUGCCAGCCGCGCCAACACAGCGUCGUCCGGGCAAGAGAAAUUUUCACGAAGUCAUGCUCGCGAAAGGGGACUCAGAGCCAGCGAAAUGUCCUCUAUGGAUCUUUCUGGAUCAGAUUCGGGCGAGUUCGAACUAUCUCGCAAUUAUCAUCCAGUGGACGUUUUGGUCGGUACUCCGAUGAAGCUGCUGGAAAUGGUCAGAGGCAGAGGAUGGGAGAAAGAUGAAGAUGGACCCGGUCUUGCACCAGCUUCAGAUGAAGUUGAGGACGAGAACAGGAAACUGAGAAGAGGUCGUGACAAGAUUCCUGGAGUGUCCAACAAGGCUAAAAAUGAGGGUUUCAUAGGGCUCGAGCAUAUUGAAUGGGUCAUCGUAGAUGAAGCCGACGUGUUAUUCGACCCCGAUUUUCAAGAAACCACACGCAUGCUCCUCUCCGAUAUAUCUGUCGCCAGGAGUUCCUCUUCCUCUUUUAACAACAUAUCUUCAUCAGAUUGCUCAGCAUCCACAACUCAUCCAUUCAACCUCAUCUUUACGAGUGCUACCAUCCCCACCUCCCUUCACAACUACAUCGCUCAGAACCACCCUGACAUGCAACGUCUCGUUUCUCCAGGGGUGCAUAAAUUACCGAAGGACCUCAAGGUGGAGUAUGUGGACUGGACCGGUGGAAAUCGGAUGGCUGACAUUGAGAAACGGAUUCGCCAAGUUUGGGCCGAAGAUUCUUCAACCAUCCCAAAAGGCAACCUAUCACAGGUUCUCAUAUUUUGCAACAAGUCAAACAAAGUCCAAGUUCUUGGAGAGUACUUGGAAUCUAAAAAAAUUAAGACUGUCUCCGUAACGAGCACGAGUGGAACCAGGGCUAGAGGGUCAAAUAGGCAUCUUAGCGGGUUCUUGAAGACAUUGCCGGGGAAAGGGCCUGAAGUAGAGCAAAUAGAAAAGAGAGAAAUCAUUUGGGACAACGAAGAGGCGGAUCAGCAUCAAACCGCGAGCUCUACUUCCUCCGGUCCCGCAGUAUCUGGACCUCGAGUACUCAAACCGACAACUACCUCCGUUGGCUAUCCUCCUAUGCCUUUGUCACAAUUUAAAGAGCAGACUCCCCGAGUCAUGAUAACAACUUCUCUUCUUUCUCGCGGCCUUGACUUCUCCCCGACCAUCAAGCACGUUUUUAUCGUAGACGAGCCCAGGAAUGUUCUGGAUUUCCUCCACCGAGCAGGAAGGAGCGGGAGAGCGGGACAUAAAGGCAGAGUGGUUGUAUUUGGCAAGUUUCCGGAUUCCGGCAGGGGUGCUGGAAGGAGUCGGGAAGUGAAGAAACGAGUUGGGGAACUGAUUUCUCGUCGGAGGUAGGACAGAUUCGAUAGAUCUAUGAACCCAUAGUCGUCGUUAACCAGUAUUCUUAUAUGCUCUCAACCGUGUAGACCUACCGCACCUUAGAAGUCACACCUCACUUACCGACUACAACUGUUACGGGACCCGUCCACGUUCGUUUGACACAAGUUGUUCAGCUAGUCAACUAUGAAUCGACGCCGAAUUUUCGUCUCCUGGAUACAAUCAUUCAAACAAAACGCAUAAGCUGGUAGAUGUAUACGCGUUCUUUCGGUCAGUCCUUGUGAUUGAAGUCUGGACGUCGUUGUAUGUGCCUUGGCAACAACAACAGAAACAUCAUGGUUGUGCAUCAAAGUUGUCGUUGCACAAUAAUUCCAAUGUACAGGAUGUCAGUAUGGCAAUUCAAUCCAGCGUUUCCGGACAGCCCUGUCCCAAUAGAUGUCAGGUUACUCCAGAAACCAUCAUUUCAGUGAUAGUUUGCGUGAAGCCUCUAC